AUGGCCACAAUCGAUACCUACUCAACACGUGAUGAGUCCUUGCGUUUACUACACCAAGGGAUAACCCAAAAUCCUUUGCAAACAACUCUCCCCUCAGAGAUCCAGCAAUGCGCUGCAAUUGUCAAAUAUGUUGGCUCCCGGCUCCCUUCAAUCGCAGUGAACUGCUCGCUUCUGGUGUCUGCCGAACCUCGGGAAGGAUUUCAGGUGAACCCAACACCUGUCAGGGAACUUAACGCGAAAUAUGCAGAACUAUUCCCGCCGCAAGACAUCCAUAGCAUGGCCUCCUCGCUGUAUCGGCGAGCGGCAACAAACAUAUAUAAAACAUCAGACGACCAAUUCAUCCAUGGUCACGGCAGUUUGAAUCCUGGCCCAACCAUUGCUGCACUUGGCAUGCCGGAGGAUUUGCCAGAGAUCACUGUCCUACCAGAAUCUUACAAACCAUACAUGGGAAUAUGUUCAGAGCGUACGGCGACUGGUCUUGAAGUACUACUAAACGAAGAUGCAAAACAAGCCUGCACAAUUGUGCGGAAACGAGGAGAUUUUCUGAUGAGCGAACAUGGACGAGCAAAUACAAACACAGCCUUAGACACAUCACUUCGAAGGCCGUUGGCCGGAUUGAAAGUUGUGGACCUAACGCGUGUGAUAGCAGGGCCUUCUAUCUCACGUGGCCUGGCUGAGUUGGGCGCCAGUGUCAUGCGAGUGGUAGCUCCACACCUACCCUACUUCACUGGCAUGCAUCCUUAUCUAAACUGGGGAAAAUGGAAUGCGUUUCUGGACCUUCGAAAAGCCGAGGACUACGAUCGUCUGCGGCGGCUUAUGGAGGAUUCCGAUGUUGUGGUGGAUGGGUAUCGACCUGGAAGGUCCGAGAAAUAUGGUUUUGGUAUGGAAAAGGUCAUGGAGAUGUGUCGGUCGCGAGCAAGAGGUAUCAUAUAUGCCCGUGAGAAUUCUUAUCCUAUCAGUGACGCGAACACAGGGAUAUCCUUUGGCUUUGGACGAGCAAUGGGUCUCAAUGAGCCUUGCACUCCAGUGUGGCCAAAUUCCGAUCACUGUUAUCACAACAGCUGGCUUGCAGAUAUCUGCGGAGAGUACCCAAAGCCUGUUUGGGAGGAUGUGUGGACUAGAAAUGGGCGGCAUGUUUUCCGACAUUACGAGAUCAUGAACGUGACAGUACCGGCAUAUCUAGGAAUGAUCAAACGACAUUCCUACGAUGUACUGUUUCUCCCCGAAUUCUUCGAGAGGAGGCUAAGUAAGGCUUUGAAUAUCGAGGUGCAAGUGGUUAAACUCGUAGUCCAAUAUCCGACUGGCAGCAUAGAGUUAGACUACAACGUUGGGACAAGAGGUAACGGUGUUGACUGGCCAACAUGGCCUGAAGAUCUAUCCACAGACAUUGUAGAAGAGCCUGUAUAUUAUUAG